GAGGACGGGGUGGGGGUGCACCUGCGCACUGAUGUUGUAGGAGCUGGCCAGUGCCUCGCUCUUGCCUGUGGAGUGAAGGCAGCACGGGAGACCGGUCAAGUGAGAGACGCAGUCCGGCGCCCAGCCGAAGCACCGCGAUGUUUCGCGGGACCAGUCCUGAUCGUGGCACGGUGAGGAGAUCGGCCGGUGGCGAGCCGAACGGAUUGUGGAGCGAGCCGGAGCCGGAGACGGGAAGUCGGCAGCAUCGCGGGGAGGGGGCGAGUGGCGGCAGCGGCAACGGCAACGGCGGGCGCUGGGACAAGGUAGACGAGGCCCGGCGCAGUACAGAGUCCGAAGUGUUUGACGAUGGCACCGUCACUUUCUUCUGGAGAGCUCACACCUUGACUGUGUUAUUUAUCCUGACUUGUGCACUAGUUUAUGUUACCUUAUUGGAAGAAACUCCUCGGGACACAGCCUAUAAUAUUAAGAGAGGAAUUAUUGCCAGUAUUCUGGUGUUCUUGUGUUUUGGAGUCACCCAAGCAAAAGAUGGACCAUUUUCCAGACCUCACCCAGCAUACUGGAGAUUCUGGUUAUGUGUCAGUGUUGUAUAUGAGCUGUUUCUUAUCUUCAUACUUUUUCAGACUGUUCAGGAUGGUCGUCAAUUCAUGAAAUUCAUCGAUUCAAAACUAGGGGUGCCCUUGCCUGAGAGGGACUAUGGUGGCAACUGUCUUAUUUUUGACCCAGGAAAUAAGACUGAUCCAUAUCACAACAUUUGGGACAAAUUGGAUGGAUUUGUCCCAGCUCAUUUCCUUGGAUGGUACCUUAAGACACUAAUGAUUCGAGACUGGUGGAUGUGUAUGAUAAUCAGUGUGAUGUUUGAGUUUCUGGAGUACAGCCUAGAGCAUCAGUUACCUAACUUCAGUGAAUGCUGGUGGGACCAUUGGAUAAUGGAUGUGUUUCUAUGCAAUGGAUUUGGAAUCUAUUGUGCAAUGAAGACAUUGGAAUGGCUAUCAAUGAAGCCUUACCACUGGCAAGGACUCUGGAAUAUUCACAGCUACAAAGGGAAAAUCAAGCGCAUUGCUUUCCAAUUUACACCAUACAGCUGGGUGAAGUUUGAAUGGAAACCAGCCUCAAAUCUUCGCAGGUGGCUGGCAGUUUGUGGAAUUAUUUUCAUGUUCCUGCUUGCAGAGUUAAAUACAUUUUACUUGAAAUUUGUCCUCUGGAUGCCUCCUGAACAUUAUCUCGUCUUGCUGCGUCUAGUUUUCUUUGUUCAUGUAGGAGGUGUAGCAAUGCGUGAGAUUUAUGACUUCAUGGACGACCUGCAUUUCCAUAAAAAACUUGGUCAGCAAGCUUGGUUGGUAGCAGCAAUCACAGUGACAGAAUUCCUAAUUGUGCUGAAGUACGACCCAUAUACGCUCACGCUUCCAAUUCCUUUCUAUGUUACCCAAUGCUGGAUCCUUGGCUUUAUACUGGUCCUGUCUUGGACAAUAUGGCGUUUCUUCAUACGUUUCAAAAUAAAAAAGGAAAUGGGCCCGAAGCAAAAGUUUGGGCACCCUGCAUGGAAUAUCACGCUGCGAUGGAAGGAAACCAGACUGCAAAAACGGGACAAGGCGAGUGAAAAGGACAAGGUUGGCAAUGGCAAUGCUAAUCCUUUUAUAAAAAGCAAGCAUAAUGGCGGUGAUACAAGGCAAAGGAAAUACUGAAUGUCAUGACGCAGGAACACUGACAACUAUGCACCAUUAACAGGAUUGCAAGAGCUACUUUCUCCAAUGGUUAACAGCAAUGACACUUCAGUUGUUGACUGAUAUGUAUAUUUUGUUACAUUCACUGGGUGUUUAGUGCUGCAGAGUCAAUAUAUUAAGCUAACUGUAUUAUCAUAAUUUCAUGAAACUAAAUCUUGCCAAUGUACAAUAUUUUGGAUCAAUGUUUCUUACACUACUUGCCAAUUUACAGUUGUACAGACUGGUUCUAAACACCCAUAGGUUGAUUUAAUCUCUCAAAAUGCAUGUGAAUGUGGAUUAUAAACUAAUUACUAACUUGGUCAUCUCUUGCCAAGAAUUUACUUUAUUCCAUUAAUGGAAUUUUGAAGUGGCCAGCACUGUUGGAUCUAGGAAAUAAUUCAGGCUUCCAUGCCUAAUACUUACCAAAAAGUGCAGAAAGAAUUAGUGUAUUACAAUUCAACCUGGAAUGCCCUAGCAACUUAAUUUUAUAUUGAAUGUUGCUGGUUAUAUUAAUGCACUGAAAAACAAAAUUUUUUAUCUUUAUUUCAGGCUGUUACAUCUGUCAACCUUAGAUCCAUAAGUAUCCAAUUAUGCAGUUGGAUACCUGGCUGCAUCUAACACUGCUGGCCAGUGUUUUGUAAGAAAACUUCUCCUUGUAGUGCAUUGAAUAUUUUGGCACCUUUGUAAACAAAAAAAAACAGUUUUGCUUUCAUGAAAUUACGGUAUUCAAACCCUUCAGCAAUAGUAAUUUUGGUUUUUAAUUCUUAAAGCCAUAGUUGUAUAUGUCAUAUAUACUGUCAUUUCAUCCAGAAAUUGAAAUCACUGAUGUUUUUAUACUUGGAUUUAACUUAUAAAAUAGUACUUGAUUUUUUUUUUCUAGUAUGCUUCAUUAUGCCAUUUUUUUUAAGAAGCUGGUGAAUUUUUUCUCUGAACACUGGGUACAUGAUGGAGUGAGAAUUUAGUCUGUUAAAGCAAAAAAUCUACUGUGCUAACUUUAUCUGAAACAGUUUUUGUUUGAAAUAUUAAGAAUGUGUCCAAUCUCUAGAUUGUGAAAAUUAUAUUUGGUUUUAUAAGCUAAGAGGCCUUGAGAAGAAAUAAAUGUGUAGAGUAGUGCUCUGUCUACAAUACAGGGUGCAUACUAAUGGUGUUAGAUUUUAUAACAUGGUGGGUCCAGUCAGUUCUAAAUUAAGUGAAGUGUAGGUGCCUAGAUUUUGUAAUUAACAAAAUAAUCAGAAUCUGAGCAAUAAGAAUGUAUUCUUUUAAAAGAAAAUAUAAUCCUGUGUAUAAAGACAGCAGUUUCUUGGACAAGUCACUACAUAAUGUGAGGGUAUUGGUUUGCUAGCUUUAACACCUCUCAUUCAGAGGAAUCAUUAUUGAUAUAACUUCUCUUUUCCUCUACCACCUAUAAUAUACCUGGUAAUGAAGUAGAAAAAUAAAACCAAAAUGAUGUGCAUCUUUUAAGACUGUGCUCUCAUUCUUCACUCAACAACCCCAUGGCCAAGGUGGUGUUAAAAUAUUUUGUUAUGACCCAUGGCUGAAAAGUAUCAUUAUUCCUGAGAAAAUCUGUGUCACCAAGCACAUCCCUUAGUUGGUAUCCCUGCCUCCAUAAAAGGCAAACUGCUUUUCAGGUGAUCAUUUUUAUGUUCCCUUCCUCCCCACAUCAAGUUUGAUGCCAUUUCAUAACAAUACUCUGUAAAGUUGGUCUUCGCUGUGAUAACAAUAUUAUUUUGAUGUGACCAUUUCUUUGAUGUUAACCUCACUCAUCUUUAAAGUUAGUCAAUUAAUGAACAGAUUACUUUGCUCUAAUUUAAGCUUGUCCAUGAGGCUAUUAUGCUUUUAUGGUUUCAGAAUAAUGUACUAGUAGAACCUGAAUGUAAUUGAUGUCAAUUCCAAUUCUCAGGAAAUCCACUUUUUUUUUCUAAGCUUUUGUAACUCUGUUUUCAUAUCUGUUGAAUUGUCAGUGUUUGCACUUACUACAGUGGACUUGAUUUGUGUUUACAUUUUUUUGAGCACUGAAUAUUUCUUGAAAAUAUAUAGUAUUAAAAUUAAUUGCUAACAAUGUCCAAUGUUCUACUGAUGAGAAAUGUCCAAAUCCUCCUUUACAGUAUGGUAAACUUCAUAUCUGAAUUCUAGUACCUAGUGUCCUUUUCAAUUUGCAGAGCUGGUGGGUUUCUUGAGUGUAGGAAUUUAUGAAAAUCAUUUUUAAUGGCAGAAGCUAGCAUAAAUAUUUGGGACCAUCUUUCAGAAAAAAGCAGAGCAACUUGGAGAUUGUUGAGAUCAAAGGAGCAAAGGUGCGUAAAAUGACAAAUUAGCCUUUAAAGCAUAGAUGUCCACUUUUCAAAUCCUUUUCUAAUAAAAUAAUUUACAGAUAAAUUCAGGAAAUUCGGAUUUUCAAUUGGAUUCGUCAACUGGGAAUACAGUAGGAAAGUGUAAUUGUGAAACAACAAGCCCAUUGUCUUUUUCCUCUCCCUUGCACACGCACUGAAACAUUUGCAUCCACUAGUACUAGAUAUUGAUUAUGCAAAUGCUGCUUUUGUCCUCAAAGUUAAUAAUCCACUCUACUGUGAUAUUAAUGAAUGAAACAGUACUGAACAUAAGGUGCCUUACUGGGGAUUGAGUUGUGCUGGAGGGUAGACAAAGUGCCUAAAUGUGGCCACUAUCCCUCUUCUCUUGGCCCUUAAAACACACUUUCAGUACUCUUAUCACAUGGGCACAGAAUACAGUUUCACUAUUUAUUAAGCUGCACUUGGGCUGCUUUGAUUUAUAUUGAUGAAGUUAUUUUGAGAGGUUACAAACUUAAUCCUGGUCCUUUAUAUUCUUUUCCCAUUAUUAAUGAAUCAGAUUCUUAUUGCUAAUGUAUAAUCUUUUGAAAACAUGGUUGGUUUUAUCAGUAUUUUUACAUAGUGAUGCUCAUCUCAACUGGUCUGAAGAAUUA